GAAAUUUUAUAAAGUAAAUGAAGAAUAAAAAGGAGAAAGAAGAGGGGAGAAGGAGAAGGAGAAGGAAAAGAAGUGGGGAAGGAAGGUAUUUUUAAAAACAUAUAGCCCUGAUCACAGCAUUUCUCUGCCUAAAAACCUUUAAUAACUUCCCAUUGCUCAUGAGAUAACCACACCCCCUUUUCACUCUGCUCCCCCUUCCUGCCGCACCCCUUCCAGUCACAUGGGGUUCUAGGGCCUGCUAGGAUGUGUUCAUACAGGUCUUAUGGGAAAUUGCCUCAUGGGGUUACAGCAACUGAAACAGAGAGAACACCAUAAUGGGCCCCUCAUGAGCAUGGAGAGCUGCAUAGGGUGGUUUUAGUCCUAAGUCUGUGACUAUAGGGCCAUGGGAAAAUCAUGGUCUCUAAGCCUCCUUUUCUUCAUCUGAUCAGUGGUCAAGGGAAAUAAUCCCCACCCUGCCUGCCUCACUGGGUCGCUGUGAGGCUCAGGUGAGAUAAAGAACCUAGAGAAACCCUUUGUGAAGGAUCAAGCACUGAACAAAUACGGAUUGUUUCUAUUACCCAGCAAAUCAUAAUGAGAAGUGUACGAGGCCCGCCCCGUUCAUCUCUCAGCACUCUUCUUUCUAAUAACCCUUCGUGUCGGUGUAGCACCUUACGCUUUUCAAAGUACUUUUACAUAUAAUGUGCCAUUUCUUCUGACACCAUCUCUGUGCAGUGCCUGGGCACGGCUGCCCCUUGCUGGGCAUAUAAGGGCACAGGCUCAGGAGCUGAAGUCACCAGCAGGCCCAGUGUCACGGGGUGUGCUGUGGCAGAGCCAGGCCUGAGCUCAGGUUUCCUGACUGCAGCUCGGGCCUGGAGCCACUCUGCUCCCGGUACGUACCAGCUGUUGUUCUGUUUAGAUUCUACACCUUCAGAGGGUACAGACAGCAUCUUCUUAGGGGAUUAACUUCCCCAUCAGUGAGCAUGACCUUGGGUGGAGCUAUUUCAGAGGAUACUUGAGACAGGCUUGGUUUUUGAAAGUCUACUUGCCAGAGCCGUGGGAGUUUACCCAGGCCCCUUUGUCACUCCUCCGUGAGGGUAGUCAACCAAUAGGGCAGAGGUGCGAAUUUGGGAUCAUUUUGGAAUCCUUCCUCCAGGUGAGAUUCUAACCACAAAAUGUGCUCAUGCCUAAGCACCCCACAAACCUCAUCUGCUGGCUCACUUUCACAUGGAGUGUUAUCCAUGUCCAGCCCGAGUCAGGGCAAGGCAGAGGAAUUCAUGCAUGCCCCUGACCUGCAGCUGCUCACAGCUGGAGAAACAGCACCACGGGGGGGGGAGGGGGGGGGAGAUAACAGCAAAGAGGACAGAGUGAGCGUCUUCUUGGGGCCACACAGUAAACCGGGGAUGAAAGAGAUUGUGAGCUCAGAAAGGCAGAGAUCUCUGGGGACUGGGAGGCUCCGAGGAAGCUUCCUGGCUGAGGACACGGAGUCCCCCUCCCCAAGUCGGUCUCUGUGUCAGACUGAAGCAUUCUUGCUGUUGGUGAAUCACACCAGGAAACCGCCCUUGCAGCAUUCCAGGAUGCAGAAGCCAGGACCUUGGUCUGAUUGCUGAUUGGUGGUGGUGAGUCAGCGUAAGGGCACCAGACGGGCAGUGUGGAGAUGCAGGGGACUUCAGGGAUCCUGGCAAUGUCCUUUUUUUGGCCUGGGUGGCUUGUACAGGGAUGUUGUUUUAUAAUAAUUAUUUAAGUGUUAAUGCAAUUGUAAUACAUGGCAUUGACAAUAUUCAACCAUUUUAACCUACAAAAUGGCCAUUUCAUAUGGUUCAACCUAAUAUUUCACAAUGAAAGUUCACAAUUUACACUGUUAAGCAACAUUCAAAAUAAUGAUUGUGAAGGCUAUUAAUAACUUCAUGCACUCGUUUAUUCAUUAAACAAAUGCUUCCUGGGGUUUUUGAUGAACUGGUCAUAUUUCCAGACAUUGGAAUACAGAAUAAAAUUCUGUCAUGGUGCUUGUUUUCUAAUGGAAAAUAAUCCAUAAACAAACAUAGAAACAUCUAGAAUGUCAUAUUGUGGCAAGCGCUAUGAAUAAACAAAGGAUAGUAAGAGUAGGAGAGUGAUGAAGAGAGACUUGAGGAGGCUUCUCUGAGGAGAUUACAUUUGAAAGCACAGCUGAAUGAGAGAGAGAACCAUGAGCAGCCGUGAGAGAAGCCUCGGGCAGAGGAAAGAGCAGUGCACAGCCCUGCAACUGGAAUGUGCCUGGCAGGCCCAGAGAACAAGGAGGCCAGUGUUACUGGAUCAGAGGGAGGGGAGGGGAGAGUAUGAAGACAUGAAAUGGGAGACGUAACCAGGGACCUGAUCGAUCGCGGAAGGCCUGAGCGCCCUGAAGAGGCUGGUGUGGAAAUCCCCUGGGAGAAAAUGACGGUCAUUGUCAAAGGAGAAACAGGAAGGAAGCUUUUGCCUCCUACCAAGCCAAAGACGGGUCUGGACUCCAAAGAAACUGUCAUUCAAACCAGGACUGAGAAGCACCUGUUCUGCCCUCUCCAUGAUGAGGAAACUAAAGCUAGGGCAAGGUAAGUGACUGCCCAGAGUCACACAGUUGGAUGAAGGGCAAAACUGGAACUGGAAUCUGUUUACGCCUGGGCUCUUCUGCCCCAGCAUGGGGCAGGCUCCGGGCACUGCCAUCCGGCCGGCACGGCUCCCGCGGCUGCCGGGAGAUUCUGCCUAAUUCUCCCUGUCCAGCCGGUGCAGCGAGGACCAGAGAGCGGAGGAGGCCCGGACUGCAGCGGCGGCGGGGCCACCUCCCAGCAUCCCCACCCUGGGAGGCUGCAUGCGGAUUGAAGAGCGGCGCCUCUGGGCUGGGCCGGCCCCGCUGAUACCUACCUAGGGAGGACGCAGGACUGCCCAGCCUACGGACGGGUCCCUGGGGCAGGAAGGACAGGAGCAAGAUGGCCAAUAAAACCAAGGGCAGUGAGGCCCUGAAGGUGGUGGCCCGGUGCCGCCCCCUCAGCCGGAAGGAGGAGGCUGCUGGUCAUGAGCAAAUCCUGACCAUGGACGUGAAACUGGGCCAGGUGACCCUGCGGAACCCCCGUGCUGCCCUGGGGGAGCUGCCCAAGACCUUCACCUUUGAUGCCGUGUAUGAUGCCAGCUCCAAGCAGGCAGACUUGUAUGAUGAAACUGUGAGGCCCCUGGUAGACUCGGUGCUUCAGGGUUUCAAUGGCACGGUUUUUGCCUAUGGCCAGACGGGCACUGGCAAGACCUACACUAUGCAAGGGACCUGGGUGGAGCCCGAGCUGCGUGGGGUCAUCCCUAAUGCCUUCGAGCACAUCUUCACCCACAUCUCUCGCUCCCAGAACCAGCAGUACCUGGUCCGGGCCUCCUACCUGGAGAUCUACCAGGAGGAGAUCCGAGACUUGCUCUCCAAGGAGCCUGGCAAGAGGCUGGAGCUGAAGGAAAAUCCAGAGACAGGUGUCUACAUCAAGGACCUCUCCUCCUUUGUCACCAAGAAUGUCAAGGAGAUCGAGCAUGUGAUGAACCUGGGGAACCAGACCCGGGCAGUGGGCAGCACACACAUGAAUGAGGUCAGCUCCCGCUCCCACGCCAUCUUCGUCAUCACCGUGGAGUGCAGUGAGCGUGGUUCAGAUGGCCAGGACCACAUCCGUGUGGGCAAGCUCAACCUGGUGGACCUGGCUGGUAGUGAGAGGCAGAAUAAGGCGGGCCCCAACACGGCUGGAGGGGCUGCCACACAGUCCACAGGUAGUGGCAGCGGUGGAGGGGGCGGUGGGAGUGGGGAGAGGCCUAAGGAAGCCUCCAAAAUCAACCUCUCGCUGUCUGCCCUGGGCAACGUGAUCGCUGCUCUGGCGGGCAACAGGAGCACCCAUAUCCCCUACCGGGACUCCAAGCUGACCCGGCUGCUCCAGGACUCUCUUGGGGGGAAUGCCAAGACCAUUAUGGUGGCCACGCUGGGGCCAGCUUCUCACAGCUACGAUGAGAGCCUCUCUACCCUGCGCUUUGCCAACCGGGCCAAAAACAUCAAGAACAGGCCCCGGGUGAACGAGGACCCUAAGGACACACUGCUGAGGGAAUUCCAGGAGGAGAUCGCCCGCCUGAAGGCCCAGCUAGAGAAGAAAGGGAUGCUGGGGAAGCGGCUCCGGAGAAAGAGCAGUCGUAGAAAGAAGGCCGUGUCGGCCCCCGCCGGCUACCCCGAGGGGCCAGUGAUCGAGGCCUGGGUGGCCGAAGAGGAGGAUGACAACAACAACAACCAUCGCCCGCCCCAGCCCAUCCUGGACUCAGCCUUGGACAAGAACAUGGAGAAUUACCUGCAGGAGCAGAAGGAACGGCUGGAGGAAGAGAAGGCAGCCAUCCAGGAUGACCGAAGCCUGGUCAGCGAGGAGAAGCAGAAGCUGCUGGAGGAGAAGGAGAAGAUGCUGGAAGAACUGCGGCGCGAGCAGCAGGCCACAGAGCUGCUCGCAGCCAAGUACAAGGCCAUGGAGAGCAAGCUGCUCAUCGGGGGCAGGAACAUCAUGGAUCACACAAACGAGCAGCAAAAGAUGUUGGAACUGAAGAGGCAGGAGAUUGCUGAGCAGAAACGCCGCGAGCGGGAGAUGCAGCAGGAGAUGAUGCUCCGAGAUGAGGAGACCAUGGAGCUCCGGGGCACCUACACAUCCCUGCAACAGGAGGUGGAGGUCAAAACCAAGAAACUCAAGAAGCUCUACGCCAAGCUGCAGGCGGUGAAGGCGGAGAUCCAGGACCAGCAUGACGAGUACAUCCGUGUGCGGCAGGACCUGGAGGAGGCGCAGAAUGAGCAGACCCGGGAGCUCAAGCUCAAGUACCUAAUUAUUGAAAACUUCAUCCCCCCUGAGGAGAAGAACAAGAUCAUGAACCGGCUCUUCCUGGACUGUGAGGAGGAGCAGUGGAAGUUCCAGCCACUAGUGCCAGCCGGCGUCAAUAACAGCCAAAUGAAGAAGCGACCAACCUCUGCAGUGGGCUACAAGAGGCCUAUCAGCCAGUAUGCUCGGGUUGCCAUGGCAAUGGGGUCCCACCCCAGGUACAGGGCUGAAAACAUAAUGUUUCUGGAGUUGGAUGUGUCCCCUCCCACUGUCUUUGAGAUGGAAUUCUCUCAUGACCAAGACCAAGAUCCCCGUGCACUACACAUGGAGAGGCUCAUGCGGUUGGACAGCUUUCUGGAAAGACCCUCCACAUCAAAAGUUCGAAAAUCCAGAUCCUGGUGCCAGAGUCCUCAGCGGCCUCCACCCUCCACCGCACACGCCUCACUGGCCUCCGCUGCUCUGCGCCCCGCGACAGUGCUAGACCAUGAGUGACAACCUUCAGUUAGGCUGCCCGUCUGACAGACGCCUGGGAUGGGCCCACCAACCCUGGAUCAUCUCAUCUGCCGCUUGGUGUGUGUGUGUGUGUGUGUGUGUGUGUGUGUGUGUGUGUGUGUACGCGCAUGUGCGUGUUUGUAUGUGUGAGGGGGUGAGACUCUGGCAGACCGUGCCUCUGCCUGCUCUUCUCAGCCUCCUUUAUUUAAUUAAUGUUAUUUAUUCAUGGAGCUCAGUUCGUGUCAGGGAGAGGCCCGCGCCUGAGCCUGCCGUGGUCACUGCAUAGCCUCCUUUUCUGCUGACUCUAGACCCCCCACCCCCCGAGUCAGACCUCAGGCUCCCCCCUGUUCAUUCUCCCCAGAAGGGAAGGUGGCCAGUGCCUGAGAAGAGAGGACUUUUUCUACCUGUCUCCAAAAUCUCCAUCUCCUCCUAUGCGGAUGGUGAGCAGCUCCUAAGCACCUUCUGGGACUGGGAAAAUGCUGGGUGCCCCUGAGGACAGGAGCGGGCCUGACAGUGCUCCCAGCACUUUCUGGGCCUCAGAAAACCUUGUUCAGCUUCUCGGGCUCCUUCUCAAAGACUUGAAAGACCUCACCCUCCCAGCCCCUGCUCUUCAGCUUGCCAAGAACCCAUGGCUUCCCAGACUGCUUCCUGCGCACCUUCCCAAGCCUCGGGUAGGAGUUGGGAACCAACCAGUUGCUGCCUCCUCGGACCCGCAGGAAAUGGAACAGUAAUGGAGACACUGUGGACAGUCACCAAGGGAAGUCCCUCCUCUCCUCCCAUGUCCUUUGUGUCUGUGCCCCUCCGAGAAGUAACGUUGGUCAACAAGUGGUCAAGCCAACUCCCUGUUUUUGAGAUGCUGCUCCUUCCUGCUUCAAAUGUCUUCCCUGUAGCUGCCUGGAUCCCAGUUCAUAGUGGAGGGAGCGAUGUCAGUAUCCCCCCGGCUACACAAAGGUAUCGGAACCUGUUGCUUCCCCCUUCAUUUAGCACAGGAGACGGAGACCCGGCACGAUCUGCCAGCUUGGCCUAUUACCCCUGCUUCUGAGUCACCUGUGUUGGGCUCUGUUUUGUGGAAAACUAACCAACCCCAUCUUCGGCAUUGUGCACAUUGGUCCCUAAGGAAGUGCUCUCCGUCUUCUUUUGUGACAUCCCAAGAUGUCUCCAGGUAUCUCAAGUGAUAAGUAAAUUUCUACCAAAAAAAGAAAAGAGAUUAAUUUUCAUUGACUUUUUAAGUAUGUGUGUUUGUGGAGGGUUGAAGAGGUAAUCAUGGGAGAAAACCAAUGGUUUAGGAUUUUAAAAUGCCCUAUUAAUGGGAGUCUGCAAUUCCUAGAAUAUGAGGAAUUUAGUCAUUAUAUAAAAUCAUAAAAUUGACUGAUUUGCCUGAAAUUUAGUGUGUGGGAGGUGGUGGUGGGGCUGUUUGCCUGGUUAUUCUCUUUCCAUCAGGAAAUUAACCCUUUUUACACUUUUCAAGUUCUGCUCUGAGGACCAACUAUGGGUUUUGUGUGUGUUUUUUUUAAUCAAUAUGCUGCCAUUUCUGCUGCAAUUUCUGGACUAGAUGGUUGGGCAAAUUCAAUUGCCAUUUGCUCCUGUCCAUCAAGGAUAUAACAUUUUUUCAUCAGAGCCCAAGAGAUUAUUUGAGACUCAGAAUUCAGAUACUUGAUUCGGCUGAGGCUGGGACAGGAGUUGUAUGUAGAAAUCCCCCAGGUGGCCUGGGCACAGGGGGCCUCCAGGUCUGCAUUGAGCAGCCUCUCCCAGUGACCUCCUUCUCGUUUGUGGAUGAAGCAACACAUGUCACCCCAUUCGCACUUGGACACAUUGACUCUGCAUUGUCUGGUCACUUGACCCUCACAGUCUUAUAGCACAAUCUACCCAAGUUCACCGCCCCUGGUCUGAGGGCUGGGCCCGAGGUGUGGUCAGAGGAGGAGCUCCUGCCUGCAGUUUUGUGUAUGUGCGUAUGUGUGUGCGUGUUUGUGUGUGUUUAACUCCACCGGGAAUACUCUACACUCGGCGUAAGAUAUGCUGGGAACAGGGCCACUGGGGUGGUUGGAUCUCGGCCUCUCUGUUUCUCUCUCUCUCUCUCUCUCUUUCUCUCUCGAUGUAUCAGACAUUUGGUUGACAAAGUAAGGGCCCUGAUUAGGACCAAAUUUCCAUGUCUGUCGCGAUGGUCUUUAUUUAGGACAACAGCUGAUGCAGUGGCCCGUAUAUUACAUAUGUAAUAUAUAAAUAUAUAUAUAUAAAACAUUGCCCUCUAUCUCCUUGGCUUAGAUGACAAGAAAUGCACCUGCACCCUGGUGCUGCCAGCAGCCUGCAGGCCCCAGCCCUGUUCAACUUAACAGUCAAUAAUAAAGGAAUGAGUAUCGUUACCGA